GGGUUACCAUAUUUUUGUGGAGGUGAAGAAAGAAGCCCGUCGGUACCAAAUGUAAAAUGUAUCGCCAGCGCUCACGCAUGGAUAAAGGAUUUAGAAAAUAGAACAAUGACAAACUGGACAGACGAAGGGAGGAUAGAGUUGGCCAAGCAAUAUGCAUUAGACAGUGCAUAUACUCAUAUGACACACUGUGCAACGCAACAUAAAAAUGAUUGGGAUGAUGUGAGAAAAGCAUUCCUUGAUAUUUAUCCAGAGGAUAGAUCGCUUCCAAGCCUGAUCAGUGAAUUGUCAUCAGUAACUCGACAGCCCAGAGAAACCAUAACAGAGCUCUAUAUCAGAGUAGAAGGGAUUGUGGCAAAAUUAGAAAGCAUGAAACCCACAGACUGUGGGGCUAUGCAUGGGAUACGUUCAAGCCUGGGAUGUACCCCAAAGCUCACCUCCUCAACAAGGGAUGAGUUUCUCCCAAGACCAUCAACUACUUGUAACUGGACAAGCUUAUGUGGUGCCUUUUUUGUUGAAAUUGGAGGAUAUCUAUGAGCCAAUUAAAAAAGCCAUCAAUAUCACUCAGAAUAUAAUAUAUAAUUUAGAUAAAAUUGCAGGAGAUGAUUUUAUCAUCAAUCAGAAUAUGAUAUAUAAUUUAGAUGAAAUUGAGGGAGAUGAUUUUAUCUUGUUUACCUCUUUGAUUUCUCAGCAUAUCCUGGCUUUUCAAGAAAGAUUAAAAAAUUUGCAUGCUUCAAUGCAGGAUUUCCUAAUGCAUAUUGUGGCCAAUGACAUUCCUCAACCUAGAAGAAAAAAAGGGGAGCAAUAAAUUUUAUAGGAUCUUUUGCAAACACAUUAUUUGGGACUGCUACACAAGAUCAAGUUGAUAUUAUUCAUAAAAGAUUACAAUCGUUAGACUCCUUCACAGAAGAGGAAAGAAAACUCCUCAAUGUUCAUUCCCAUGUUAUCAAUGUCACUCUCAAUGAACUAACAAAUGUUCAUCAAACAUUGGAAAAACUAGAAACUGCUACCCGUGUUACUAAGACCCUUAUGACUAAGAUGGAAAAACAUAUAGAAAAUAA